CCUGGAGUUUCCACUGUCUAGGAAACAAUUCAAAUAUGUUUUUGGCUCACAUUCGCUUUGAGGGAAGUAAAUGCUGAACAUUUAUCAGUACUUUCCCUCAGGCCAUCUUCUUCCUUGUUGCAUAUUUUUUGACUGAAAGGAGAUUCACUGUUGCCUGAUUUGGUUAAUGAUAAGUUUGAACACACGUGCUGUGUACUUUACGUGUUCAUGGAAAACCCAAACUCGUGUCAGAUGGUUUGUUCCACAGGCAACCUCAGGUAUAAAACUGCUCGCAUAUCACUGUACUCUCACACCUUUCAUCUGACUCUUGCUCUGAGGAUCACAGACAAGUUAAACCGAAGACAGACAGACAGAAAAUGGCUCGGAUUUCAGUUACCUCCAUGCUGAUGGUUCUGGCUCUCAGUACACUUUGCACAGAAGCCUUAGCUUUUUCAUGUUGCAGAAAGUACACACAGAAAAAAAUAAAUAAUAUAUCUAUGAUCCGAGGCUUUUCCAUUCAGUCCAUGAGAGAAAACUGCCACAUUGAUGCCGUAAUAUUGCAUGCACGAAGAGGGUUGAAUAUCUGCGCCGACCCAUCUAAACCCUGGGUGACAGAAAUCAUCAGUCAACUGAGGAAAAAAGUGGAGGAAAUCAAGAAAAAACAACAUAAGAAUUAAAUAAUCUGUUGACUUAACAGAUGCUGUUACAAGAUUCAUGUUUAUGUUUCUGUAGCUCAAUUGGUAGCAUUGCAUUAGAAGUGCAAAAGUCAUGGGUUUAAUUCCAAGGGAACACACAUACAAAAUGUAUAGCUUUAAUGCACUGUAUGUCACUUUGUAAAACAAGUGCCUUUUAAAUGUGUAAAUGUAAUUCAUUGAUGAUGAAGACGAACAUUUUUCUUUAUGCAGUUUGCAUAAAAUUCUACCUUGCAUAUUUGUAUAUGCAUUUUAUAUUGUAGCCUACUUUUUAUUUGCUUGCUUUUAAGUGAAGGCAUUAAAAUUAUUAUAUUCAAUGUAAAGUGAAACUUGUUUUUUUUUUUUUUGUAUGUACUUUUUUAAAUAAAACAGUUUGGUUGA